UCCCAGCGCUGGCCGAGGUGCUCGGGUGCUCUCUCUGCCAGAUGGCCAGCUCCCGCCCGGAUCCUGAACCCGAGCCCGAAUCCGUGUUCCCACGGGAGGUCCGGCUCUUCGCCGACUCUUACUCGGAGAGCAGCCGGUUCUGCUUCUGUGGGCACGAGCUGAGCAUCACGCAAAACUUUGGGUCGCGCCUUGGGGUGGCGGCACGCGUGUGGGAUGCGGCUCUGAGCCUGUGUAACUAUUUCGAGAGUCAGAAUGUGGAUUUUCGAGGCAAGAAGGUGAUCGAAUUGGGCGCUGGGACGGGCAUCGUGGGAAUCCUGGCGGCGCUGCAGGGGGGGGAUGUUACCAUGACUGAUUUACCACUGGUCCUAAAGCAGAUCCAGGAUAAUGUCCGCGCUAACGUGCCGUCUGGAGGCCGGGCGAAGGUGUGUGCCUUGUCCUGGGGAAUUGACCAGCAUGGCUUUCCUGGAAACUAUGACUUGGUGCUGGGGGCAGAUAUCGUGUACCUGGAAUCUACCUUCCCACUGCUGUUGGGGACCCUCCAACACUUGUGUGGGCCCCAUGGCACCAUCUACCUGGCCUCCAAGAUGAGAGAGGAGCAUGGGACAGCGAACUUCUUUCAACUCUUCUUGCCCCAGCACUUCCAACUGGAGUUGGCUCAGCGGGAUGAGGACGUGAAUGUCAACAUCUAUAAGACCAGGCACAGGGAAGGGAGACCUGCCAGACAUCACCCUGCCUGUUGACCUCAGCCCCUGUCUCAGUGGAGGA